AUGCUGUCUUCACUCCGAACAAUCGUCUCGCGCCGCACACCUGUGCUCAUGCUCACCGGCCGACCACUCUCCACAAGCUCUUCGUUCAAGUCAGCAGUCAAGCCAGGCUCUGAAAGUGAAGCAACCACUCCCGGAUCCGGAUCUACUGAGGACAUCGCAAACACAGAAAGUGCAUACGACGGAAACAAACCCAACCCUGACACUUCCGCUUCCGCCAUCGAAAACGAAACAGAUGCUAACUUCUCUUCGUCAAGUGCCAACAAAGAGACUUCCGAAAUGGCGACGAAGCAGCAACAUCAAAAUGGUAGCAGACCGAGCAAGCAGCAGCAGAGCACACCUGAUAGGAGCGAUUUCGGUGCUACCGAGGCCAGGAAACAAGGCGGUAGGGGUGCGUCGAAUCAGUAG